AUGGCCGGCCCGGGGUUUUGGGGCCACCCAGCCGGUCGUCUCCUGCUGCUGCUGCUCCUGCUGCCGCCGGCCCUGAUGGAGGGACCCCUGGUGUUCGUGGCUGUGGUGUUCCGCCACGGCGACCGCGCCCCCCUGGUGUCCUACCCCACCGACCCACACAAGGAGGCCGUCUCCACCCUGUGGCCGCGCGGCCUGGGCCAGCUGACCAGGGAGGGGGUCCGCCAGCAGCUGGAGCUGGGCCGCUUCCUGAGGAGCCGCUACGAGACCUUUCUGAGCCCCAAGUACCGGCGGGAGGAGGUGUACAUUCGCAGCACAGACUUCGACCGCACGCUGGAGAGCGCUCAGGCCAAUCUCGCGGGGCUGUUCCCCGAGGCUGCCCCGGGGCGCCCCGAGUCUGCCUGGAGGCCCAUCCCCGUGCACACGGUGCCCACCUCUGAGGACAAGCUGCUGAGGUUCCCCAUGCGCAGCUGUCCCCGAUACCACGAGCUGCUGCGGGAGGCCACGGAGGCUGCCGAGUACCAGGCGGCGCUGGAGGGCUGGACGGACUUCCUGAUUCGCCUGGAGAACUUCACCGGGCUGUCGCUGGUCGGGGAGCCCCUCCGCAGAGCGUGGAAGGUUCUGGACACGCUGAUGUGCCAGCAAGCUCACGGGCUUCCCCUCCCAUCCUGGGCCUCCCCGGAUGUCCUGAAGACUCUAGCCCAGAUCUCAGCUUUGGAUAUUGGGGCCCACGUGGGCCCACCCCGGGCAGCAGAGAAGGCCCAGCUGACAGGGGGGAUCCUGCUAGAUGCCAUCCUUUCCAACUUCUCUCGGGUCCAGCGCCUGGGGCUGCCCCUCAAGAUGGUUAUGUACUCAGCUCACGACAGCACUCUGCUGGCCCUGCAGGGGGCCCUGGGUCUCUAUGAUGGGCACACCCCCCCAUACGCUGCCUGCCUUGGCUUCGAGUUCCGGAGACGCCUCGGGGACUUGGACGAAGACUCAGGGAACAUCACCAUCUCCCUCUUCUACCGCAACGAUUCCGCCAGCCCGCCCCUGCCCCUCCGCCUCCCCGGGUGCCAGGCCCCCUGCCCGCUAGGCCGCUUCCACCAGCUGACGGCCCCCGCCCGGCCUCCGGCCCACGGGGUCCCCUGCCACGGCUCUCGAGAGCCUGCCGCCACCGCAGCCACCGUGGUGCCCCUGCUGGCCGGGGCUGUGGCCGUGCUGGCGGCACUCAGCAUGGGGCUGGGCCUGCUGGCCUGGAGACCGGGCUGCCUGCGGGCCUGGGGGGGGCCCCGUGUGAGCCGGGGAACCGGUUCUGGCCGGUGA